AUGUCUCGCUCAAUCUACCUAGGUGCCGAUGGCCAACUCACCAUCAAGCAAGUCACGGAAGACUACACCCCCCAACAGCAUCAAGCCCUCGUAUCAGUAAAGUACUCAGGCAUUAACCCCUGCGAUCUCAACUUCUUCCACGUAGGCCUCAACUCCUUCGUCACCGGCUUCGAGUUCGCCGGCAUCGUCGAAGCAGUCGGACCCAAAUCUACCUUACAAAUCGGCGACGCCGUUCUCGGCAUCUCGCCCGUCGGGUUCCCCCAAAAGUCCUCGGCCUGCACGCACCAAGACAGGACCAUCGUCGAGAGCAAUCUCACCUUCAAGCUGCCACCCGGCCUCGACCUCAAAGACGCUGGGGGGCUAGCCCUCACGACGCAGACUGCCGCCGACGCCAUAUUCAAUGUCCUCGGCUUCGCCUUUCCCGCCGCGGCCAUCACCGGGACUGACGGGACCGACAAACCGAUACUCAUUUGGGGCGGCGCCAGCAGCGUCGGCAUCGCGGCCAUCCAGCUUGCCAAAGCGGCGGGUUUCAAUCCCAUCUUCACGACCGCGUCCGCCAAGAACCACGCUGCGCUACUGAAGCUCGGAGCCACACACUGCUUCGACUACAAGAGCCCCAACGUCACCAGUGAUAUCCGCGCCGCCGCAAAGGACCUCGGUGUGAGCCUGACCACGGGAUUCGACACCGUCGGUAGCGGCCUUCAUGGCCCUAAUGCUGACACUGAGACGUCUACGCCGGCGCUUCUCCGCAGAAGCUUGUCAGGAAGCGCCGGGGAGUCUAUCAAGCUUGUGUGUACGCAGCCCGUGGCCCAUGAUCCGGCUUUCGGUUUCUGUACGUCCUAUCGGCCUGUUGGCAGCGUUGGGGCCAUGCGACACCCUCAAGCCCCUGAAUUCCCGGUUCGCUUGCGGAGGGUUAUGGAACAUGUUCUGAGCUCUGCUGAAAGAGCUCCAAAGCACCCGAAUGUGACUGUCGUCAAGGGCGGCGAAGCCGGCUUACGGGAGAUCCAGAGGGUGGCUUAUGGCGGUGCUUCGUUGGAGAAGGUUGUUAUUGAGCAUCCUAUCUAA